UGUCCGCCGGCAGCGCAGCGCAGCGCGGCGGGAGGGCGGAGGAGGACGGGCGCUGUGCCAGCACCGGCACCGGGCGACGCUGCCUCACCUCACCUCACCCCCUCCCCCUUUAUCCUUCCUCCUCCUCCUCCUCGUCGUCCUCCCCCUCCCCGCCGCGGCGGCCCCCUCGAGCGCCCGCCCUAAGAUGGCUGAUGGUGGGCGGUGAGGCGCCGCGCGGGGCUGCGGGCGGCCGUUGCCGGCCGGCGAGAAGCGGGGGCGGCUGAGGGGCGGCACAGCCCGGCACGGCACAGCCCGGCACGGCACAGCCCGGCACGGCACGGGGCUCGGUCCGCGCAGCGCCAUGUCCGCCUUCGCGCUGGAGGAGACGCUGGAGGCCGACUGGGUGGCCGUGAGGCCUCACGCCUUCCAGGAGCGCGAGAAGCACAAGUUCGUCUUCAUCGUGGCCUGGAACGAGAUCGAGGGCAAGUUCGCCAUCACCUGCCACAACCGCACGGCGCAGCGGCAGCGCAGCGGGUCCCGCGACGUGCGGCGAGCCGGGGCCGAGGCCGGAGCCACCGCCGCUGCCGCCUCCAAGGCGCUGCGCAGGGGCCCGGCCUGCGGCCCCGACCCCCCCGUCCCGGCCCGGAGCCCGCUGCGCGCCCGGGGCGGCCCGUCCCGCAGGCCGUCGCGGGGCCCGGAGGCGGCGGGUGGCGCCGCGGAAGAUAUCGAAGUGCUGGAGCUGGGCAGGGAGGAGGCGGCCGGCUCGCUGUCGUCGUCUCCGCCGCCGUCGCCGCUGCAGGCAGCCGAGCCGUCCGCUCCCGACGCGGAGCCGGCGGGGGAGGAGUGCAGCUGGGCCGGGCUCUUCUCCUUCCAGGACCUGCGGGCCGUGCACCAGCAGCUGUGCUCGGUGAACUCGGAGCUGGAGCCCUACCUGCCCGCCUUCCCCGAGGAGCCCUCGGGUAUGUGGACGGUGCUGUUCGGGGCCCCCGAGCUGUCCGAGCAGGAGAUGGACGCGCUCUGCUACAAGCUGCAGGUCUACUUGGUCCACUGCUUGGACACCUGCGGCUGGAAGAUCCUCUCGCAGGUGCUCUUCACCGAGACGGACGACCCCGAAGAGUACUACGAGAGCCUGAGUGAGCUGCGGCAAAAGGGGUACGAGGAGGUGCUGCAGCGGGCCCGCAGGCGGAUCCAGGAGCUUCUGGAGAAACACAAAAACACAGAAAGCAUGGUCGAGCUGCUUGAACUGUAUCAGAUGGAAGAUGAAGCCUACAGUAGUCUUGCAGAAGCUACUACGGAGCUCUACCAGUACUUAUUACAACCAUUCCGAGAUAUGAGGGAACUUGCAAUGCUUAGAAGACAGCAGAUAAAGAUCUCAAUAGCGAAUGAUUACCUAGGCCCCAGAAGAAUUGAGAGUCUGCAAAAAGAAGAUGCCGAUUGGCAGAGAAAAGCCCACAUGGCUGUGCUUUCUAUUCAAGAUCUUACGGUUAAAUACUUUGAAAUAACAGCCAAAGCACAGAAAGCUGUGUAUGAUCGAAUGCGAGCAGACCAGAAAAAAUUCGGUAAGGCAGCAUGGGCAGCAGCAGUGGAACGUAUGGAAAAGCUUCAGUAUGCAGUUUCUAAGGAGACUUUGCAGUUGAUGCGUGCUAAAGAAAUCUGUUUGGAGCAGAAGAAACAUGCAUUGAAAGAAGAGAUGCAAAGUCUGAAGGGUGGUACAGAAGCCAUAGCCCAUUUGGACCAGUUAGAAGCUGAUUAUUACGAUCUACAGCUUCAAUUAUAUGAAGUGCAGUUUGAGAUCCUAAAAUAUGAAGAGCUACUGCUGACAGCACAACUUGAAAGCAUCAGAAGACUGAUGUCAGAGAAGAGAGAUGAAGUGGUAUAUUAUGACACUUACGAAAGUAUGGAAGCCAUGCUUGAAAAAGAGGAUAUGGCAACAUCUGCACACUUGCAAAAAGAGGAGCUGCAAAAAUUGCAACAAAAAAUUCGCCAGCUGGAAGCAAGGCGUGGACGUAUUUCAGCCAAGAAAGCCUACCUCAGAAAUAAAAAGGAGAUUUGUAUUGCAAAGCAUAAUGAAAAGAUCCAGCAGCAUCACCAGAGUGAGGAGGAGUACAAAAUGCACCAUAAUGUUCAGCUGAAGCGAGAUCAGCUACAAGAUGAAGAGGAAAGAAAGAGCUCCUGGGUUAGUCAGGAACGACAGAAAACACUGGACAGACUUCGCACAUUUAAGCAGCGGUACCCUGGGCAAGUAAUACUUAAAUCAACCAGACUACGACUGGCUCAUGCAAGAAGAAAAUGUGCAACCAGUUCGGUGUCCUCUGUAGAUCAGCCUCAAUCUUUGCCAGCAACCAUACAAACCCAAGAUAAAAGUGAAGAGGUGGAAUUGGAAAAUGCAGUUCAGCCUUUGCAAGUGCAGGAAUCCACAAGCUUAGAACAACUUCAAGAUGUCUCGUUACCUCCCAAUGGUGUUACCUCUGAACUGCCUCAUGUUAGUACUUCUCCACUCAUCAGUAAUGAGUUUCAAACAGAGACUGUUACUGUAGUACCACUUCCACCCCCUUUGCCUCCGCCUCCUCCACCUCCGCCUCCACCCUUGCCAUCAAAAGAAGAUGCCACCAAAUCCUUAGAGAAAAGUGACAGCUUUGUUAAACGUCAAAGUGAAGAGAAGGGAGUCCAGCACUCUUCCAGUGUCCCAACAGCACAUCUGUUUGACAGCAGUCAGCUAGUCAGUGCCAAGAAGAAGCUUAAGAAGACAGGUGAUCUAGAGGGUUUACAGAGAAGGAGAGUGAGUUCCCCGAUGGAUGAAGUGCUGGCUUCCUUGAAGCGUGGGAGCUUUCACUUAAGAAAAGUUGAGCAGAGAAGUCUCCCUCCUUUUCCUGAUGAAGAUGAUAGCAAUAACAUCUUGGCACAGAUCAGGAAAGGAGUGAAACUGAAGAAAGUGCAGAAAGAUGUUUUGAGAGAAUCCUUUACAAUUCUGCCUGAUACUGACCCUCUGACAAGGAGCAUCCAUGAAGCAUUGCGACGAAUUAAGGAAGCAUCACCUGAAUCAGAGGAUGAAGAGGAGAGUUUACCUUGCACAGACUGGGAAAAUUAACCUGUGAUUUACAGCCACUGGAGUGAGAAAAGAAACCCCAGUUGAAGAUUACUUUUCCUCUUCAUUUCUGAAUAUUGAGAGCCAGCAGUUUUGACCAUCAGUUCCCCAGGAGGUUUUUUGGCAAAGAAAUAGCCUUUCUUUGGCAAAAGAUUUAGCACCUGGAAAAAAUGACCUGAAAUGUUACUUUUCAGAUCACUUUUUUCUUUAUUUGUUCCAAAAUUCUGGUUUGAGUAGAAAGCUAAGUUGUGUAGACGUGCAUUUCAUAUAACCAAGAAUGCCCAAUUCUAAAGCACUUUUCAUAUUUCUGUUAUUAAUGUGUGGCCAGUUAAGUGAAGGGAGUAUUUUGAGUUGAGAGAAUACUUGCAUUUAACUAACUUUGGGAUUUGGCUGAAACAACAGCUAUAAAAUCUACCCUUCACUGCACUGAAUAUAUCAUCUGCUUGAAAACCAAUUAAAUAGCUCCUUGCAGAGAAGCUUGCUGCGUAGCAGUGUGAUGUUACAGAAAGAGCAGAAUUCCUAGUUGCACUACUGUAGCUGAAAUUCAGUAUUGUGCAACCAAGAUUUUUUUCUUCUUAGUUUGAAGAAUUGUGUGUCAGGAUGAAAAAUAACAUGUGACUACAACAUAAUGAGAAGUAAGAGUUGAAUUCAGUACAUAUUCAAGAAUGUAUUUGUUUCCAGUAUGGUACAAUUUAGCAAGACAUACUGCAGCACCUUUUUAGAAGGUCAUUUGUAGUAUUAAACCUUUUUAAAGUAGACAUUCUCAUGCUUUUUAAAAAUAAUAUUUAGCUAUGCUAAACCAAGUUAGUUAUACUUUUAUCAUUUAUUAUAAGAAGCAAUAUUUUGUAAUUUCAUACUUAAAAUUAUUUUUCUUUUUGGUUUAAAAUGGCUUUGUUUGAAUACUGUAAGCAGCCUCCUUUAAGAAAAGAUCAAAGCACUUAAACAUACUAAUACUUCAGUUGCUUCUCUUGCUAUUUUUUAUUAUUCUCUUUAGUGGCUGCAAAAAAAUAUUUGUAUUUCAUACCCAAAAGCCUGUUGUCUGAAAAAAGUUUCCUUUUGAUCAUGACUAUUUUUUUUCAAAGGAGAGUUAUAAUUUCCUCUGCAGUGAAUUCUUAGUAAUAACCCUAAGCUUCAUGGCUAAUGGCUGCAGGCAGCUACACUUACAAUAAACAUCACAAUAAUAAGAGGUAUGCCAGUACAGAGAGAUAGUAUUUGACUAUCUAGAAACUCCAUGUGAUAUUAGAAUAAAAAAGACCAUUAAAAUUUUAAGGAAGCUAAGCUUUUACUAGCAUUAUAUUUUUACUAGCAUGACAUACACUGUGUUUGAGAAGUACACAAUCCCUGUCCUUUGUGUAGUGUGUUCCAUUCACUUUUCCUUUUGUGAAGAACAAACUACUAUGUGAAUGACUUUUUUUUUUAAGUGGAAUUAUGCAUCGCUGCUGUCACAUAACGGAACAUGUACUGUGUCAGUGCUUAUAACAGGAGAUUUCAUGUCUUGCCAUUUACUUUUAUAAACAGGAGCAGGAGUACUUACCUUAGCAACAGGCUAUAUAACCUACAGGAACCUCAGAUGUUGGACCCUUCAGCUGUUUUGCUGUGGCUGUCCUGAAAUUAAAGCUCUAUCAAACAUCUCAAAUGGAUGCCACUUUACCCUUGCUAUUGACAGGCAUCUUCUUAACCUUGUUGCCUUAUUUAUAGUUAGUGAACAUUCAUUUUCAAAGCACCCAUGAGCAGCAUUAUUCCAGAGAUGUAUUGAUUUUGCAGUAUGUAUUCAUUGCCAGGUCUGUAUGCUUUUCUCCUGAGAAGAUCAGCUCUAUAAAAUGCUUGAUAUUGGCUUUCUAAGGACCUAAAACCACAAGGUAUAUUUUUCAUAAAUUGCUUCUCUUAACUCGAGUUAGAUGGUGUGGUUAUAAGCUAAUACCACGCUCAUGCAGCAAUAAUAGUAAUUUCAAAGUUUAUCAUUAUCAUCUGACAUUGACUGUACUGUAAACUGUGGCGUGUUUCUGCUCUACGUUCGUCUACACUUCCAGUCAUACCACACCUGAAACUGAGUUAAUCAAAUAAUUUUUUGGCCAUAGCACAAAGCAUAAUUAUGAUGUAGAAUGGUAAUUCAAAUUAUAUAGUUCAUCUGAAUCUUUGUGCUAUAUUAAUUAGUGGUGAUUGAGCAACUUCUUUGUCAAUUUUCUCCUGUUUUCCAGCCUGCAUUUUUAUUCCUUACAGUAUGCAUAUGGGACACUAGCAAAAUUCCAAGUCAAGAGAAAAUAGUGUAAUUUUAUGAUACAGGUGCAACGGUCCCUUUGCACAGUGUUUGUGUCUACAGUUUACCAUUGUGUUGUGAUAUAUCUAAAUAGCUCAAUGCUUUACUGUACUACAAUCUUCAAAUUUAUUUGCCAUGUGAUCUGUCGACUUUGCCUUGAAAAUGUGUGCAUGAUGAGAAAAAAUACAAAAUUACUGUCCUUAAUCUGUUUUAUAUUUAGUUGAAAUCGUAGAUUCCUGUAAUAGCUUAGUUUAUAGAAAUGGACUUCUCAUAGUAGCAAGUGUUUUAUGUGCACACAAAUAGAAGUUGUUAUGCUGAGCAAAGCAGUUUAUAUCAGUUCAGAACUGCCAUCUUCCGUGUGGAAAGUAAAUGUUUUUUUUCCCCCGCAUACUGCUGAAAGCCCAAAUGCUUGAUUUUAAUCUUCUAUGAGUCCCUAGAUGUCACAGUUUCACAUAAGUCUCCAUUGUGAUAUAAAAAUUGUGCAUAUGUAGAGUACAGUUAAUGCAUAAAACUUCCCAUCCUUCUCUGCAAUGUGAAGUUCUGCAGUGGGAUGGCUGGAGCAGCAAAUGGGGGAAGUAUAUCCACAAGAAACUUAGAGAAAUUACGACAAUCCUACAUUAAAUUUGGUUCCUCCGUAGCUAAGAAAAGUUCUGAUGAAUAUGUUGGUCCUUGAGAAAUCAUAGCAAGCAUCACGACAGAAAAAAACAGUUAAACAUAUGCACAGAAAGAGAGCCUCAUUGUGGUGGCUGCCUUUGUCUGUUGUUAGUCAUUUAUCUUAAGCAGUGUGUCUGUUUUCAGGCUUUUUUGAUCUUUAGAAACGUGCUUUCUUGCUUCAAGUUAAAGCUGUUGUAGUAUUGUAUAACGGAUCCGGUGAGAUAAAGAGUUGGAGUGCAUAAUGUUUAUUUUGUAAAUGCUUGUUGAGGACUGAAAAAUCUUGUAUGAGUGGGAACAGGAAAUACUGAAUUUCUGUUUACAUAACCAAAAUGUAAGGUAAACAGGAAGUUUUUCCUCAGAAAUAGAGUUUGCAUCAACAUUAAUUUCAUCCUCUCAUUCACAGAAGUUCCAGAUCCUUUAAAAAAUUACCAAUAUUCUUAGUUUGUUCACUUUCUUACUGUUCUCAUGUCUUAGUUAAAUAACCUGUCUAGGGUUGAUGAAUGCUUUUUUACCUUCCUUAAGCAUCACUUUUAAUUUUUCAUUUUUUAAAUCUGAUAGUCUGCAUCCUACACCAGACACCUUUAAAACAAAUUAGUAUAAUUAUAUAUUGUGUUCUUUUGUGGCUACAUCAGGGGUAGGACUCAACACACUUCAUUACAUUAUUUGUAGAGAAUCAUUUUGAGUAUAAGCACUAUAUUCUGUAAUGUCUAUUAUUAAAGUAAUGACAGGUGCGUUAUUGAAGAUGCAACUUAUUGAGAAGAGGAAACAGAAACUUGUAUUGGUUAAUGUUCCCCUUAUUCGUUUGUUGCGCUGAAUUUCAAGAGUAAUUUGUAAAUCAACUUCGUUCACACGUCUAUCAGAUUUUAUUUUCAUUGUAAUGCUUAUGUAAUUAAGUUACCCAUAUAUGUUUCUGGUAAUGAUCCCAUAAGCAUGGACAAUAUAUUGUUAUGUUUAGCACUACAGAAUUAAUGUUAAGAACAAGCAAAGCUUAUUGCAAAGAAAAGGAGCAAACAAGCACCUUACUGUUGCUUAAUUUGAGCGUGUUGCAUAAUUUCAGUGCUACGGGAGCUGACAGACAGUAGGUCAUUCUAAGCUUGACUGCAAAUUGCUCUUUGGUGUAAGCACAUUGACAUACUGCUAUCAAUGCUGUAAAAAGUACAGCAAUGGCUGUUUUUAACCUAUAAAUAUACUGUAAUUUAAAUUUUUCCUACAAAACAAAUUUAUAUUUAAUUGCUGCCUAAGACAUGUACGUAAAAUUAGGAUUUUUAGCAGGGUUGAGGGUGGGUGGGCAUGCCAGUUUAUUUUGGGGAUGGGUUGUUGUAUAUACAUUUCUUUGCACUUCCUGUUCAGUUUAACUAUUAAUCCAAAACUCCCAGCUCUGACUGUCGUGAGUCUGCAACCUGACACCUACGUAUUUUUAUUCAGGUCUGCUAUAUUCUGUGGCACAGAGCUUCAGAAUUUGACAGAAAAGGUCUUUCCAUUCUCAAAUGUGAAUACUCUGAUGUACCUCUAACAUGGAAAAUGACCAAGCAAUGAAUUUUACUCUGCUGAGUUUAAUGUUACUGUGGAGUAUUAUUUAAAGCUGAUAUCUAAGGCUGUUAACCAAUGGUGUGUCCAUUUGGGAAAAGUAAGAAGGGUGAUUGUUAUUUCAGUGGGUAUAGUCCAAACUCUGCAGAGAUUUUAUUCUAGAUACUGUCACCUGUUCAGUAACUAGUUUGCCUUAGACUGGCUUGACUUUCAGAUUCUUUCAGGAGCAUUUUUUUUAUUUCUGAAUUACAGAAUAGAUAUUGGGGAUAAGGGACACUUCGUGUGUCCCAGCACAUUAUUAUAGUUGCUAUAUGUUUUGGAUUUUGUCUUACAUAUUUAUGAAUACAUCAUUAUAAGAUGAAAGGAAUAUAGAUGGCUGCAGAUUGUCUUGCAUGAAUGACAUCAGUAAAGGUAAAUGACACUAGCUUCUUUUUUUAAGCCUGUUGAAUAAGAAAUAAUCAAACCAGUUUGCCAUUCACUAGCUUUGUGCAAUAUUAUUGGUAGAAUCAAACACUAGCACACUGUGCUUGGCUUUAAGGAAGCUCUUUAACACCAUUAUAUUCAAAAGAACAUAUUAAAUGCAUAUUUUAUUGUAAACAACUGCAAAUUUGCUAUACCUACAAAUGCUUAAUGGUAUAAAGUAUUAAGCAACAAGUAUCUUUAAGAAAAAAGGUAAAAAACUAAGCAAAAAUUUCCAGCAAUACCUAAAAACUAAAAACUAAAAAAAAAAAAAAAAACACUUAACUGUCUGCCUUUUGCUCUUUUUUCUUUACUGCGGCUUUUCUGCAAUGCAAGUUUAUUGCUGUGUAUCAUGGUUUUUUAUUUUCUUGACUCAGAAGUUUAAACCUGUACACAAAGUACUGAACUCACCUUCUUCUACAUGCGAUGUAACAUCAUACUCACAGUUUUGGUGCUUAAAAAUGAUUCCUUUUUUCUUUAUUAAAGGAUAUUUAUUUGACCACUGUCCUGUUUUUACUUUGCGUAUAUAGCAAUGUUUAAAAAAUAUAUAUAUAGUUUGGUUCCCACAAAAAAAAAAUAAAAAACAGCAACAAAAAAACAUAUAUACUAAAGUUUCCAUUGUUAUUCUUUUAGUUCUUCAAGCUGCGUUACUGCCAUUGCUUAAUGGCAGAUGAUUGUGUAUAAGCUAUGUUGCAGCAAGGAGUAAUAUCUUUGUAAAUUGUUAUAUAAAUAAAUUAGGUAUUAUAGAAGAACCUUGCUCUUAAGUAAUGCAGGAUAAUUGAGCUUAAAUACAAAUAAAAAAUAGUUUCCAUCUCUUAAUGAAAAGACAAAAACAGAGCAGAAAUUUAAGUCCAGAAAUGUUAAGAGCUUUGAUCCCUUAUUGCAGUUUCCUACAGUUUAGAGCUAGCUAGAGACAAUGGCAUUCUAUGGAGAGAGAGAGCAAGCCUCCAACUGCAACCACUUAAUUUACAAAGAGCAGUAAUGAUAAUGGAAAAGCUCAAAUUGAAAACCUUCACUAUUUUUGCUUUUUUGGUGUAAGUGCAAUAUAAUAUUUCAAAAACAAACUAGAUCAUGCAUGAAUAAUUCAGAUAUUUUAGAAGUAUCAUUAUGAGUGUUUUGAAGAGAAAGGUUCUACCUGUUUUCUGAAGGAAAAAUACCCUAAAAUCCACAGCUGAUCAUUUCCCAGACUUGUGUUGCCAGCUGUUGUUUUUCUGUUUGUUUUGUGUGUGUGUGUUUUUAAGUAAUACCACAAAAUGAAUAUUACCUAGAGAUAAAACUACAAAAAUACUCAUGGUGCACAGAGGUCUGUUUGCAUUGUGCACCUUUUUCCUUUCAAUCUCGUGUUUCUGGUACAAGAACCGCACCGCAGGUAAGUCAAUGUAGGCAGAUUCUAUGCCCAGCUGGUCCUUUAACAUGAAAAAAUAAAAAUUAAAAAAAAAAUAAAUAAACUAUGUGCUUAAUGCAAUAAGAACUGUUUAGAGCUAUAUAAUCCUCAGAAAACAAGAAAAAGUUACGAUGUUUUUAAUAGCAACCUGAAACAAAGGUUUGCUGGCAAUACAAACCUACACUGCAAAGAGUCUCAUCAAAAUACAAAUCAAAAUUUUACUUGUAUUGUUGUUCGCCUCUGGUAAUAAUGGCAUACACUAUUAAUUUUGCACUGUGGCAGAACAAGUAGGAAGUCUGCUUUGAAAUAAGCAAAUUCUUCAGUCAUCUCUGAUUAUUGCUUGUGAAAGAUGAGGAUUAUGUUUGUAGCCAGGGUCUAUUCCUAAAUGCUUUCACUGUGCUCAGCAGCAUGUGCUCACAUCUGGCCUGAAAAGUCUGCUUCCACACACGUUUUGCUCCACAGAACAAACUUGUAUUUAAGAGCAUUUGUUGCCAUCAACUGCUGUCUGCCCUGGCAUUGGCUCGAGCAGGUAAGUCGCUCCUUUUUUAAUCACUUCUUGGGGUAUUCCUACAGGCUGGAAGUAUGUCUAAUGCAUGCAUCAGAUUUGCAAAUUAGUGAAUAGAUCUGGAUGCACACUUCCAAGGCAGUGGUGUGCUACUCAGAAUAAGGCCUAAAUGUUUGCACAACACAUAGAAGAUGGGAGAUGGGUAGAACCAUCAUUUAUUUUUUUUUUCAUAUUAGUUACACGUCAGAUGUAAAGGAAAGGUACAUUGUAAAUAAAUAUUCAUUGGGCCACAGUCCAUCUCAAAGUUAUAAAACAACACCUCUUUCUCACAGAAAUCAUUGGUAUAUUUAGGGUUUGUUCACAUUCCACCAGUUUAUGAUCAGCAGAGGGGAUGUGGGGAAGGGAGAGAUAAAUAUGGUAGUUGAGUUUGUUCCAAAACCUGAGAAAUGUUCCUUUUCUCGGAAGUUCUUAUGCUGCUUCCCAUUGUACAGGUUUUGCUCCUCCUGUUGUAGCAGGGAGGUUAUAGUGAGCCACCAGUGUGUCAGCACUGCCAGCAAAGCCCGAGCUUUAUGCUCACGCCACAAACAGCUUAUCUAGAUCUAAUGCCAUGAAGUUUUGUUGAUGUGUUUUUUCCUCUUUUAGGAUGGAGCAAUGUAAUUAACUGUAAAACAUCAUCUGUAAAUUUCAGGUGUAGCAUGUAGGCCAUGUAAGUGAUGCAAGCAUCACUUUGUUGAUACUGCAAAAGAUUACUCCAAAGGUUUUACCAGGUGACUACUGGCAUGGCCACGUGGCCAGCCUUGGGUGCAGGCAUGACCAGUUUUCCAUCCUGCAGAACUGCAGACCUGCAGUCGUCUUGCUGCCAUCGCGAUGCCCUCCUGCCCCUUCCCCAUUUACUCCGAGACUCUCAGCUGUGUAACUCUCUCUAGACUUCAUGCAAAUCUGCACCCCUGCCGUGCUGACUGCCUUGACUUUUGUUAACGUGACAAAAGAUGGCAAAUCUUUUAAGAUGGGGAUCUUAUUCAUGUUUACAAAUAUCUUAAAUGUGGGAGACAGAGGGAUUUGGCCAACCUCUUUUCAGUGGUUUGUGGGGACAGGACAAGGGGCAGUGGCCACAAGAUGGAGCACAGGAAGUUCCGCACCAACAUGCGAAAGAACUUCUGCACGGUGAGGGUGACGGAGCACUGGAACAGGCUGCCCAGGGAGGUUGUGGAGUCUCCUCCUCUGGAGAUAUUCAAGGCCUGUCUGGACGCCUACCUGGGCAGCCUGCUCUAAGGAACCUGCUUUGGCAGGGGGGUUGGACCCAAUGAUCUCUUGAGGUCCCUUCCAACCCCUACAAUUCUGUGAUUCUGAGAUCUCCCGUGACACCUUGCCUCGGUGGGGAGGGCUGGUGGAUAGAAACAGGCAGAGAUUCUUGCCCGUGCUAUUACAGCUGCUGCCUGUCUGCACUAGUGCUGGGGCAUGCCCUUUCCCCUUUAAUCAACCAAAAUUGGCAAAAAAACACCCCACUGCAUUCAAGAUCAGGCAUCUGCCACCUUCUCCCAUCAUUCCUACUAUAACUGUGAGCUGUCUGUGAUGUUUGUUGGAGGCUUGUGCCAGAGAUAAUCAGUUGUAUUAUCUUUUCACUUUCUCCUUGCCACCAAAGACAGUAGGUGAUUUCUCUGAGUGUGAUUUCUCUUUUCAGUAUCUGUGUCCUACAUUGCUUAUAGAAGGCCAAGCACAUUUAUUGUCUUUCAAGCAUCAUUUACUGUUUACUUCAUUUUUUAAUCUUUUCUAACUUGCAUCAUGCUCCCUCUGUAUUUUACUAUUUAAAAGUCACAGGAAUAACAAAAUCAAAGAAUCAUGCAAUACAUACAAAGCAUUUAUAUUGGCUAUACUUUUUCUUCCUCAAUAUUUUAUUUUGAUCCCAUUAAAUUUCAGUAGAAAUGCAUCUGAACUUAGUGUACAAAAUCAUCAACAUAUGCUCUAACUGCCAUGCAUGUUAACUACACAGUUUAACCACAACAGAUGUUUUAUGAAUCAACUUUAUAUGAAGCACCAUAAAGUGAUGACCUUUCUUUUUCCUCCUGUUCACUUGCUGAGAGUAAACUGACAGACGGAGUGGACCGAGACCCACAAAAAUAAAACAUUGACAAGCCAUUGCACACUACGCUUGGUUUUUAAUGGCAUGUUGGAAAAUAAAAAAGUCUUGAGUAGGCAUUAAGAAAUAAAUAAAUCACAUAGCCUAUCCCCUUGUUGCUGGAGCACAUACACCUAUGUUAUUCCUGUAAGUUUCCUGAGGGCUUUUAUUGGUGUAAGGUCACAGCCUCUGAAUGAGCCAUCACAGUGCCUAGAGGCUGAAGGCUAGUAACAUCAGACCAUUAAUUGUCAUCCUGCCCACCACUGCUGUAUGAACAAAUUACGUUGUCCUCUCUGCAACAGACUAUUCAUGCAUCCCCUUGCUCCCCGCUGCUCCGAUACACACACACACACCUCACCCCGCUCUUCCACUCAUCAUUAAACCAAACAGCACCUGGAGGCUCAGCCUGGUGGAGGCCGGCCCUUUGAGAGGCCGGGACAUUCAGCCUCUAGACAUUCAGCCUCCAGUGCUCACAGCCAGCAGAUGCAACCAGGGAAAGCAACCUGCUGGUGAGCGAUGCUCAUAGCAUGUGCAUGCUGAUUUAAUCCUCUCUGGGAAAGGAUGGGAGGGGUGCAGAACUCUAGUUUUCUCAGUCAAAGGUAGAAUUAAUUAAACAAGCUUGAUAGAGCAAAUUUCUGUUCAGGAAAUGAAAUUUUGUCACUUAAAAAAAAAAAAAAAAAAAAAGUCUACUCAGGCUGUGUGUCUGGUGAAAACACCUGCAGGUUGCCUACCAUGACAUGCUUUGCUUAGGUUUGUAUACAAACUAUCAUAUCUUAGCAAACACAUUUUAAUUUGCAGUAAGAAAUGUCAAACAGAAAUCUAACCAGCAUUUGCCAAGGCUGCACUAUCAGCGAUAUGGGGUUGACCUGUGUUCUGUUCCCAGCCAUCAGCUGCCCACAGAUCUGAAGUCUUUCUGCCCUACCAGGCCUAGACACACAAAUUUGCUGAAGUCCUUCCUUAGUGGAUGCUAAGUUUCAGGAAUGCUUCUGCAUAAGAGGGAACGUAGUGCUGUUGGUACCAGCUUGCUUAAACUGAAUGCAAAAUUUAGGUCCUGCUCCUUCUGGAGCUUUCCCAGCAGCAGGGACCUACCUGUGCCCCAAGAGAUCAUGAAGUUUUUUUUUCCAUUAUCCCCUCAACAUGUCAUUGAGAUAGCAGAUUAUGGCUUGCCUUAAAAAAAAAAAAUCUUGUGAAUACACUGAAAUCCUGUAAAUUACAAUUUAUGUUAUCUGCCAAGCCCUUCUGUCUGAUGAAGGCCUGAUUCCCUGAAAUGCCGUCACUGUUGCCACCAGUGUUUUCCACGCAGCAGCAGUGUUUUCCAACACAAGGCAGAGCUGUUCUUACAGGAGGUCGUGAAGCUCAGCUUACGAUUUCCCCAGGUAAUGGCUCCCUCUUCUGGUGCUCUAAGAUAUCAAAGGAGCGAGUGACAAAAACCUUCGACUUUACAGGCCGGAUCGCUACCUACCCAACCUGCCAGCCCAGGCUGGGAGCCUUGUGACAAGCUCUCCCAGUCUGAUUUAGGAAUACUGCAGCUGCAGUCUUUGUACAGUGACAUUUCCAAGCAGCACGCUUUGGUAACACUUGCUUAGAACAUGCCUGAUGCUUCCUCGUUGCCUCUUCUCCAAUUCUGUGGCUUUCCAAUGCCUCUAAGACUAAGUAAUGUUCAGACAGAAUCGACCUCACCCCAUACACAUAUCUAUGUACCUUCUGUGUGCGUCUAAGUUGUAUUUAUGACAAGAACACGGAUGCAAAAAAGGAAAAAGAAGAAAAAACAGGGUUGAAAUAAAGUUUGGACUUGUAGGUUCAAAAGAUAAAAGAAACCAUCCCAAAUAAUACUUUCGUAAUUUCUUUUUCUUUCAAGUGGGUGGGGAAAAGGUGCUUAUAUCAAAACAGCAAGUUACUCUGCUUCUCUAAGAGCUGCUGAGCAAAAAUGCCCGUAUCCAGAUACAGAGAGUGUUCUGCAGCAAAAGGGCUUGACCAGCAGUGACGGUGCUGCAACUGAAGUCAGCGGCUCCUGAACAAAGUUAGCAAACCCUUGGGAUGCCUCCAGGACGGGCGGGGUGCAGCCAGCACCGCCACGAAUAGCAGGGAGUAGAGGGGAGUGCUGUGCAGGAUGCUUGCUCCAGAUGAACCCUUGCUUUUGCUCGGCUAUACCCUGCUAUCCUGGGUACUCUCACUAAGUAAAAGUCAAAGAGAAAACUGUGCUUUUCUUUGUUUUUAAGUUAUAUUUCUGGUUGCCACUGCUGUGGGUUCCUGUGGAACAACACUGCUGGAAUCAUAAAAGAACAGCAUAUUGAGAUGUAGAGAAAAAUUUUUUUUUUACAUUUCCAUCUACUAGUUAAGGAUUGUGAUGUUUCUCUUGCAGAGAAGUACAAGAUCAUUUUGCUUCCCAUUUGAUUUUUUGUGUUUGUUUUUGUUUAAAGAAAAUUCUGCCAUGAUUUAACAAAUAUAAUCCAGACUAAGAAACUUCAAAGGUCUUGUUCCCUCUUGGAAAAGCUUAGCUUGCAAAUACCUAUAUGGCCAUAUGUAAUGUAACUCAAAAGGGGGAAAAUCCAUCCACACAGAUUAUACUAAAACAUACCUUUUCAGUGUAGGUCUUCCUCUCCCCUUAGUACCUGGAUGCAUGUAGUGUUUGUGAUGGUCUGGGACUCUGCAUCCUUCUUGAUCUACUGGGAAAAAAAAUUCUUCCUCUUCAGAACUGUCACAGAAAUGUAAGUUCUCUUUCCAAGAAAACUUCUGGGUUGCUACUCCCAGUCUAGUGGAGGCAUAGAGGGCUGGGACACUGCUGGAUCCAAUCCUUGCAGUGAGAUUAGACUUGCAUGAGAGCAGAUGAGAAUCCCCAGAGCAGGGAUGCCAAAACUACUUCAAAGUUAAAGACAAGAGAGAGAAAUCCCUCCUAAACCCAGCUAAGAACUUUGUUUCACAAACACCACAGAUGGUAGGAGCUGAGGGCAGGAAAAAUAGGAAGUGUCUUCACCCGCUGCAAGUGACUAAUACCGACAGCAAACCUCUAGACUUGUGAAGAUAAAAGAAUGGAAAGGAGUGGGUUUUGCAGACUGCCAGGAUUUGGCUCCAUUGAUAAAGCACAUGCCUAAUAACGCUGACCUCAGGAAGCAGUAGAGUUCUGGGGCAAGUCAGAUGUGCUCAACAUUGGCAUGAUGUGACAACCUAGGGGAAGCAGGACACAGAUUAACAAACUUUCUGUCACUGCUGCAUGGUUCGGAUGUUCUGUCCUCUGCUGUGCAAAACUUUCUUGCCUAUUUUACAGCUACUGGUGCCAUCUAAGGGAAUCCUUUUGAAAACUCUACACUCCCCCCCCCUCCACAAAUCUGUAACAUCUUCGAUAGUUAUUCCUCCUUCCCAUGCCCGUCAGCAUAAGAACCAGCAUUUGAAAAUGACACAAACUACCACACAUGUUGUUCCAACCAAGCUGAGCUUGUGCAGGACCAGGCUAGGAGGGAGAAAGCGUGUAUAAACUAGGCUUGUGUUUCUUUGGUCCUAGGAGGAGCUGCCACCAGUGCAGAGGCAGCACUGACAGCUGCAAGUCCCUGAGAGGUUGUGGCAGGCAAGCUAUGAGACCCUGUGAGAGUGAGCAGAAACCCACCCCACGACCCAGAGCUGUUGCAGGCACUGCGAUGCCAACCACUGCACCUGCCUGUUGGCUGCGUUGCUUAGCCAGGAUGGCGAAGGUGAGCUGAGCUGACUCUAGGAUCAAACUAAACUCCGUUUGUUGCUUCUGAACGUUUAACAGAAUGGGUGAAAUUCAUCGUACUUAUCUGAAGUAAGUGGAGUAAGCGAAGGAACUAAUUCUAGAAAGCAAAAAUCGGUAUUUUAGAAAAUGUCUACUACUCCGUGAAGUAUGUUCUCUGCUUAGCACCAUUCAGAGGUAGUGCACACAUGCAGCAUUAUUGAGAAAAUGUAAACAAGACGAUCUGAACAUUGUUUUGCAUGGUCAGGUCCAUUUCUUGAAAAAAAAUCAGCAUAUAACUGU